CCAAGAUUCCUGCUCUAAGAGACUACCUGUUUAAAAAAGGAGCAAAAGGAUCGAUGUAUCCAGUAUAAAAAGAAAAUUCAUGUAGCUAAUACAGAAUAUGCAUGUCAAGUUGGAGACAAUAUGUUUGGCAUAAACUAUCGCUCACCGGAGAAACUGAAAAACAUUUCAUUGUGUCCGAACAUUAUUACUCCAGACACCAUUCCUGAAUUCUGCAUUCCGACUAAAUUAGCCAUGAGACAGGAAUGUAAAACUGUUGACAAGAAUGAAUAUUCCAAUGAGAAAACAAACACACCAGAAUACACAAGUCACAAAGCAAGGAAAGAAACUUCAGGAUACAAGAUCUGUAAUAAGCAUGUCAUCCAAGUGGAGAGUGUGGAUGAUCUGUGCUUUAGUGAUGAAGAAUGCACCAACUCUGAUCCCCAGUCACAGGCUGCCUUAUCCUUACCACACCUGCCAAAGACUCAAACAUCUUACGGUUUUUGCACCUUGAUGGAAAGUCCUCACACCAGAGUGAAAGAGUCACUCUUCCACAACAGCCCCGAGUCUGGGAGUAUUCCUAUUGUUGUGCCCAGAGGCAGAUCAAACACUCUUUCUGAAGUCUUCCAGUCUUCCCUUAGCCUGAGCUCUCCUUCCAGAACAUUGUCUCCCAAAAGCCAUAACACAAAGAGACGUGGAACCUGGGAUAGUGACACCACUUCUUCAACGGAAUCCUCCCCGUUCAGCUCACCGUUAUUCAGCAGGUCACCACCGAAAUUCUCUUUAUUUUCAACACUGAGUCAAGAGAAUUUGUUUUCAAGGAAGGUCAAAAAAGCCACUGCAUCACAAACAGGCUCAAAUGAUGAAAGCAGUUCUACGGACAACAGCCCUAACACGCUGCGAAGAGCAUCAGACACCCUUUGGGAGCCUUUCCCUUUCUUCACAGGCUUCACGCCUCCAGACAUGUUUCCUUUCCACCAGAUGCACCACAGAGAAAGGAUGAUCAAAGAAAACCAGCUUUCUCUGGGACAAGGAGGAGGUCGCUUAAGACUCUGUGCUGAGUACUGUCGGGACAAUCAGAGGCUCCGGGUUCACGUAUUCAGUAUUGAGGGGCUGUACACCUCCUUUACUGAGACAAAGAACAUUACCUGCUGUGUGAGUCUUUCUCUUAUGCCUGGCAAAACAAUGAAGCAGCACAGCAGUGAGAUCAAAAACAGCAGAAAUCCAGUUUUCAACGAGGACUUUUUUUUUGGUGGUAUUUCUGAGGAGGACUUGUUUUUUAAAUCCCUGAGAAUUAAGGCUGUUAACAAGACAUUCAACAUGAAAACAAUUUUGGCAAUCUGUGAGUUUACCUUAGAACAAAUUUUACCUUUGUAACAAAUACAGAAAAUUAAUUAUCUACUGAAAUAUGUCUCUGUAUGUUAAUAUUUAUAAUGAAAUAUACUAUAUUGUGAGUUUACCUUAGACCACAUUUAACAUGUGGAACAAAUAUACUAAAUGAAUUAGCUAUUGAAAUAUGUCUAUACAUGUUAACAAUUUUAAACAUAAUUAAAUAUACUGCAUUUAGAAAAGAUAGAUUAUUCCGUUUUAAUUCUGAUAUUCUGAUGUCUUAGUAAGCAGUUAAUUGAAGAUUAUUUCUUUUUAUGUAAUAUUAGUUUCAUGAAAUCUUCUUUCAUAAAUGCAGGAAGAGAAAUAGAAUGUGUCACUGGUGGUUAGAAAGUACCUGUGCAUGUCAAUGUUGAAAUACAGGGGACAUUACGAGACAUACAUUCUGUCUUGCAUGGAGUCCAACAAGUGAAGCCUUUAGCACUCUCAGUACAACAGAAAGACAGAGAAGGAGAGUUGUGCUCCGUGGGGAGGCGUGCAAUGUUCCCAUAGAACACCAGAGGGCUGGAAACACAGCACAACCCAGGAGUGGCAGAUCUGCUAUCAAGUGAGGGAGAUAAAGAGAAAAGGGUCACCAAGCACUGGCAAGUGGUAAAAAAAACACCUGAGUGAAAGUGGCAAAACAUGAUUAAGUUAAGCGAGUUCAGGCCCAGCCAAUACUUGGAUGGGAGACCAAGCAGGAAAAACUUGUGUUGCUACUGGAAAAGGUGUUGGUGAUGCCAGCAGGGAGUGCUUAUCUUGUGGUCCAGAUUUGGAUCCCAAUGCCCCAGCGCAAUGACAAGGGCAUUGUGCUGUAAAAAUUGUACUGUCCUUUGGAUAAGGUGUAAAACUGAGGUCCUGACUGUCUGUGGUCAUAAAAGAUCCCUAGGCAUCCUUUGUAAAGAGAAAAGUAUAUCCCAAUGUCCUAGCUAAAUUGCCCACAAAAGCCUAGUCAUUCUGGCCCCCUAAUCAUCCCCUGUCUCUUACUGCCUAACUAUCUCCCACCCAUUAACCAACUAACAGCUAAUGUGUGGUGAGCGUACUGGAGCAAAAUGGCUGCCAUCGCAUUAUCCUGGUGUAUGCUGCACAUUACUGUUGGUUGAAGUGGCUCCCUAAUCUCUAUAUAAAAUGUACUUUGAGUAAUGAGAAAAGUGCUAUAUAAAUGUAAAGAGUUAUUAUUAUUAUUAACCAGGGAAGCUGGGAACAAGUCAAACAGCGCAUCAUAGAGUCCCUGACUGACC